CUGUCACCCGGGGGGGGUCCUGUGGCUCCCGUGUGACCCCAGAACCCCCCUGGGACCCCCCCCGGGGUCACCCCGGGACCCCAAAAUGUCCCCGGGAGUUCCCGGGGUCCCCCGGGGGAGCCCCAAAGUCCCGAAGUGACCCCGAAAUGUCCCCGGAGCCCCCGCCCGGCCCCGGGGUCCCGGCCCUGGCCCCGCCCACUCUCCGUGACCACGCCCACACGCGGCUGAUCUGCAUAGCCCCACCCGCUUGUCGCGGUCACGCCCCUCUGCUCGGGCUCCGCCCCCUUCCCGCCUUCUCGUUCUGGUCACGCCCCCUCCGGGGCCCCGCCCCCCCGCGCGCCGCCGCCGCCAUGAGCGGGGGGGGGGAGGGACCGGGACCCCCCCCGGCACCGGCACCGGCACCGGGACCCCCCUCCGGGACCGAGCGGGGCGGGCAGCGCGUGCGGGGCCGCGUCCUCGCGGCCUGGAACAGCGUCAAAUACGGCUGGACGCUGCGGCCGCGGCCCCACUUCAGCGCGCGGGACCCCCUGUACCUGCUGGGGAGGGUCUACGCACCGGGGAACGGGGGUGAGCGGGACCCCCGGGGGGCUCGGGAGGAGCUGGCUCGGUUCCGGCGGGAUUUCUGCUCCCGGUUGUGGCUGACGUACCGGAGCGGGUUCCCGGCGCUGCCCGGGACCCCCCGCACCACCGACUGCGGCUGGGGCUGCACCCUGCGCAGCGCGCAGAUGCUGCUGGGCCAGGGGCUGCUGCUGCACCUGCUGGGCCGCGACUGGAUGUGGCCGGAGGCGCUGCUGGAGCUGGAGCCGGGGGGGCCCCGCAGGACCCGCGACCCCCCGGGACGGGCACGGGACCCCCCGGGACGGGCACGGCCCCCCCGGGAUGGACCGAGGGUCCCCCGGGACGGACACGGAUCCCCCAGGACGGACACUGCGACCUCCGGGAGGAGACGGGACCCCCUGGGAUGGACCCAGGACCCCCCAGGACAGGCGCGACCCCCCCAGAAUGGGCAGGGACCCCCCAGGAUGGACACGGAGAGGUCCGGGGGGAUCCGGGACCCCCCGGGACAGCCCCGGGACCCCUCGGGACAGCCCCGGGACCCCCCGGGACAGCUCCGGGACCCCUCGGGAUGGGCACGGGACCCCCCGGGAAAGCCCCGGGACCUCCCGGGACAGCUCCGGGACCCCUCGGGACGGGCACGGGACCCCCCGGGCGCCCCCCGAGCCCCCCGGGAGGCGGAGCGGCGGCACCGCGCCAUCGUGUCCUGGUUCUCCGACCACCCCCGGGCCCCGUUCGGGAUCCACCGGCUCGUGGAGCUGGGCCGGGAGUUCGGCAAAGGCGCCGGGGACUGGUUCGGCCCCGCCAUCGCCGCCCACCUGCUCCGGGGGGCCGUGGAGUCCUGCACGGAGACCCCCGGGCUCGCCGUCUACGUGGCCCAGGAUUGCACCGUUUACAAAGGGGACGUGGCCAGGUUGGUGCGGGGCGACCCUGACGGGGGAACAGCGGCACCGGGAACACCGGGACCGAGAACGUCGGGAACACCGGGAAUGCCGGGAUUGGGAACGCUGGGAGCUCCGGGACACGGGACACCGGGAACACCGGGAGCACCGGAGCCGGGGCAGCCCCGCGGGCUCGUCCUGCUGGUGCCGGCGCGCUUGGGGGGCGAGAACCUGAACCCCGUGUACGUGGAGUGCGUCAAGGAGCUGCUGCAGCUCCGCUCCUGCCUCGGCAUCAUCGGCGGCAGGCCCCGGCACUCGCUCUUCUUCCUCGGCUUCCAAGCCCUGCGUGGACACGGCCCGGGAGAAUUUCCCUCUCCAGUCCUUCCACUGCUGCUUCCCGCGGAAAAUGCCCUUCGGGAAGAUGGAUCCCAGCUGCACCUUCGGCUUCUACGCCCACGGGCCGGAGCUGGAGCAGCUCUGGGGGGACCUGACCCGGGUGCUGGCCCCCCCCUCGGCUCCGGAGCGUUAUCCCAUCUUCACCCUGGCCGAGGGCCACGCUCAGGACCAGGCCCUGGACGCCCCCCCCGGGCCGCCCCCCGCCCUCCCCCGCCGGGGGAAACGCCCCAAAAAACCCAACUCGGACGAGUUCGUUCUGCUGUGAGCCCCCCCCGAACCCCCCCAAAAACACUGGAUCGGCCUCGGCUCGGGGGGGGGCCGCGGGCACCUCCCCCCUCCCCAAAUUGGGGCAGGUUUGGGUCACUACUGCCCCCCCCCCCACACUCCGGGACCCCCCGAAUUCCCGGGACCCCCCGAAUUCCCGGGACCCCCCGUUCACUGUCAGAGGCUGCUCAGGGUGGGGGGGGGGGGUUAUUUAUUGCUCCACUCAGGACCCCCCCGGCCGCGCCCCCCCCCCCCAAAAUAAAGACGACUUGAACCGA